AUGUCCAGCAGCAGCGGUCGCACGACGCUCGUCAAGCCGCCGCCCUACGAUUCCGAGAAGAGCCACAUUGAAAAUGUCCUCGAGGUGACGGAACUCGGCGUUCUGGGGCCGGACAUCUUCACCAACACGCGCCAGCCCUGGCACCCGCCCGGGGCGCGCGGCAUCUUUGGCGGCGCCGUCAUCGCCCAGUCCCUGUCGGCGGCCCAGCGCACCGUGCCGGACCCCGCGCCCGGCGAGGCCCCGUUCUUCAUCCACUCGUGCCACUGCUACUUCUUGCUCGCCGGCAGCUCCGAGAUUCCCAUCCUGUUCCACGUCGAGCGCCUUUGUGCGCGAGGGUGCCGGCGGCGUGAAGCAGGCCCGCCACGCCGUACCGCUGCCCGCCGGCGAAGCGGGACAGCGGACAGGGGCAAGGUCCGCCGACGGAGCACAGGGAUGCGGCUGCCGGCGUCUUGGAAACCGGGGCGCGGCGGGCACCAUCAGCGCUUGCCGGGCGGGGACGCCGCCCACCUCAACGCCCUCGCCUACAUGUCGGACAGCUACUUCAUCGGCACCGUGUCGCGUGUGCACCGGCUCUGGCGCUUCCCCUUUGCGCCGUCCGAAGUCGCCGACCUCGACCCGGCACUGCGCGCCCACGUCGAGCGCUCGAACCGCGUUGACGGCCUCGGCGACGGGCCCGACGACUGGGCUGCCCGCCCGACCCUCGGCAUGCUCGUCAGUCUCGACCACUCCAUCUACUUUCACGACCCGCGCCGCGUGCGCGCCGACGAGUGGAUGUUCUCCGAGAUGGACACGCCCUGGGCCGGUGACGGCCGCGGUGUCGUCCUGCAGCGCAUAUUUGCCGCCGACGGCACCCUGCUUGCCACCUGCGUCCAGGAGGGGCUCGUGCGACUGACGCAAGAGGAUGUUGACGGCGCGGCGCGGGAUGGGGCCACGGCCAAGGACGCGGGCAAGGCAAAGCUGUGA